CCUCUCCCUCUCUCUCUCUCUCUCUCUCCUCUAUAUAUCAGCAAUUCCAUUGCCAUUAAUUUUCAUGCUCAUCUCAUUGCAACAAACUCUCUAAAUAUCUCUAAACCUAUACAUACACAUUCUCUCUCUAUAUAUAUAAAUAAACAAACACGAAUUAGGAAACUCACCGGGGGUGGCCAUGGCGAAGAAUUCAUCAUCGGCGGUGCUGCUAAUCCUCGUGGUGGUGUUGGUGGUUUCGACGGCGGUGAGAGGGCACGGAGGAAUGGUGGGAGGGAGGACGAAGGUGAAGGACGUGAAGUCGAACGAGGAGGUUCAGGAGCUAGGGAGGUACUCGGUGGAGCAAUACAACCUCCAGCAGAAGAAGAGCCACCUCAACGGAGGACGAGCAGAUCUGAGGUUUCAGGCGGUGGUGGAGGCGGAGAAGCAGGUUGUUUCCGGGAUCAAGUACUAUUUGAAGAUCACCGCCGUGUAUUCAAGGAGUGAGAUCCCAAGGACGUUUGAAGCGGUGGUGGUGGUUCAGCCCUGGGCUCAUUCCAAGGAGUUACUCAACUUCUCUCCUUCACCUGCUACCAAGUAAAAUUAACCUCUAGGGUUUUCAAUUCCAUGUUCUAAAUCUUCGUCUACUACUGUGUUCUCUCUCUCUCUCUCUCUCUCUCUCUCUCUUUGUGUUUAUCAUUUUGAUUUGUGUGUUUGGGGGUGUGCUUGUAACGAUGUGUAAGUGGGAGCUCUGUGAUGUGGUAUUGUGAUAAAAACAAUAAUAUGUGAUCUAAUGAUAAUAAAAGUGAUUGUAGCUUAUGAUCACUCAAAUUCUUAUAUUAUUA